AUCAUUAUUAUUAUGACAACCCGGUUGAUUAUUCACGUUAUUCCCGGAGUAACGUGCAUCGUCGAUCGCUCCCGUCAGUUAACAAUUACCUUUACAUCGUGACUGCGAGCCACAAAAAAACAACUAACCGGAGAUUAGUCGCAGGCGGUCGCGCGCGUUAAAUGAAUCGAUAUUCCGUGUUUUUUUGGGUUUGAGGAGUCGAUAUUAAUCAGUGCGAGUGUCAUGGAGGACGUUCUGGACGAAGUUGUGUCUUCAGAGGACCUCAAAAAAUUCGAGAGAACAUACAACGAGCAGUUGAGGUCAUCCUCAGUGACCCAAAAGGUUCAGUUCGAGUAUGCCUGGUGUUUAGUGAGGAGCAAAUACCCAGCGGACAUCAGGAAAGGGAUUGUUCUGCUCGAGGAUUUAUUCAACAAUCAUGGAGACAGUGAAAAGCGAGAUUGCCUGUAUUAUUUAGCCAUUGGAAAUGCCCGGAUAAAAGAAUACACUAAAGCAUUGCACUAUGUCAGGGCAUUCCUCCAGGUGGAGCCUGGCAAUCAACAGGUCCAACAUUUGGAGGGUUUGAUUAAGAAGAAAAUGGAGAAAGAGGGACUAGUAGGCAUGGCAGUAGCUGGUGGAGUGAUCGUGGGUCUCGCAGGCAUCUUGGGUCUAGGGAUUGCAAUGGCCAAGGGCUCCAGAUCUUAGCUAAUGAAUUCUCCACACACCUGAACCACGAUGCUUGUACCUGUACCAAAAACCAAUACAAAGAGAGCCCUCGAAAACCAUCGAAAGUCACCAAGAAUUAUCUUCGAAGAUGUUGAACUAAUCACACAAUUAAACAAGUCAUUAGUGAAAUCUUGAGCUGCUGAGGAUGAGGCUCUAGAUUUCAUCCAUCUUGUUUUGCAAAUACCUGCGAAACUAUCGAGUUUAUCAAAAAAUGUCAGAUAAAAUUUUUUGUGGAGAAUCAAAUUUCCAACAAAAAGUAUUUUCUGACAUUUUCUCCUUAACCCAAUAAUUACAGAGAUAAUUGCGUAAUUAUCAAAAAUUAUGUCGACUCGAAAAAUUAAAGAGCCAUUGUGUUAAUUAGGCAAUUAUCUCGGUGAUGAGUGGCUCUAGGAAAAAAUGCAUAAACACAUUUUUUGUAGAGGAUUGAAUUUCCAACAAAAAAGUCCUGUGAAAUUUUCUGCUAAACCUCUUCCUUCAAAAGACAUUCAGAAAAUACUCUGGACUUUUUUUGCCUCAGGCUCAUCUCCUAUCCUCACUUGACUAUAAAAUUGUAAAAUUUAUUGAAAAAAUUUAUUCAAAAUUAUUGGAGACAUUCCAAACGCCACAAGAAAUACAGAAAUUCUCUCGUCUUCUCCUUAAUUUCUCGUUUUGUACAGCUUUAUUAAGUUAUUCGUACGAUCAUUGAGAAAAUGACGAAAAAGUAAUAUAAAAUGGAUUAACUAACUUAUAAUAAGAAUAUGGAGAGGGAGUUAAUUACGUGAUUAAUCGAUAUACUUCAGUGUUUAUGUAGUUGAAAUUUUUGUAUAAAAAACGAGAUGAAAUGCCAAUUCCCUUUAUUAAUAAUUUUUCUUGUCGAUUCAAAUAAAUGAAAAAUUCAAUCUUCCCGCGAAAAUGCGAAGAUUCCCAGGAACAUUUUUCUAUGCAUCAAUUUAUUGUUUUAUGGGAUUGGGAUUGUCAAUCCCAUGAUUUUUUAUUUGUUCUAAUGAUUUUUGUAAUUUAAAGAAAAUAAAACGUUUCAAGUUUCAAUAAA